AACUUGACAAUGUACUACAUACUAUUAACUUCUUGAAGCGAAAACCUUUUGGUCUUUUGCAUAAACCGGUUGCCCAUGGUGACUGACCGACGCUUCAGUUUCUCUGAUUCAAAUUUGCUCCCUCGUUAUUUAACUAAAUGAGUUUAAAACAGAAGAAAGGACUGAAAGGCUCCAUCGAUGAUGUACUGGGUGAUCUGUUGGGGGACGAUGGCUCUCCAGUUAGGACUCAGCCCGCGGUUCGUGUCUCUGGCAGGAGCGGCGUCCUGACGUCCCGUAGUGGGAAGCGGUCAUUACUGGAUGAUGACUUCUUUAGUAAGUUGGCGGAGGAGGUCGGCGAGGAUGAGGUGUGCUUAGAUCUGCUAUCUUCUUUGUACGGAGUAAAAUGGUGCUUCUCUUUCUCUAAUUGGGCUCUCAUGGUCUGGCAGGCUUCUGAUGUGUCGGAGGCUGAUCCAGCAGCCCUCCUGGAGAACAUAAAGGACAUGGAUGAGAUGGAUGCUGACCUCUUUGCACCAAAGAAGAAGCCGAGCUCCGCUCCCCUACCAGCCACCACUAAAGCUUCAGGGGCAGGAGGAGCUAAACAAGACCCAGCCCACUUGGUGGAGGGUGGAGCACUGGAACCGCGACAUGUGAUUGACUCUCCCAACGGCGAUGCCAAAAAGCCCAGCUCCGCCCCAGCGGCCGCCACACACAGCUAUAAGAGAUUCACCUUCGCCGAUGAGGAGGACAAAAAAGACACUGAUGACCCACUGGCUGAUCUACUGGACGAUAGAAAGGAAACAAAGAUGGCCGUCAGCGAUGCCGUUUCUGAGCAGAGAGGUCUGCCUGUGUCCGAGUCCCCCGUCAUUAAGGCGAGAGAGAUGGCCUCACCGAGCCGGGCUCCCGGAAAGCGGAACGAGCUGACGUUUGAUGAGGACGAGGACGACCUGAUGGACGCCCUGGGCUUUGGAGAGAGUCCAAAGGGGAAGGGGGGAAUUCUGCCCCACAAGAGGCCGAGUGAGCCCCCACAGCUGGUCACAACUAGGCUGGAUGAGAUUCUGGGCCGGGGGACAUCUCCACGCCUGCUUGAGCGCCCCCCUACUGGCGAGAAGAAGGAAGUACUUAUGGAGAAGCCAGCAAUUGCCAAAGACUCUGCCUUUGGGGACGGUGACUUCACGUUUGGCUCCUACCAGCCCACUGUGGUCUCCACGCCAGAGAGCCGGCAGUCACAAAGGCAGUCAGUCAGGUUUUCAGCAGAGGAGACUGGCAGCCGGUCGCCAGAGGGGAAGCCCAAAUCCCCCAUCGCUGGCUCUCCCUCUGCUAAGCGCCACAGCAAGCCGGCAGCCAGUAGGCCAACGCUUCAGCACGACAGCCAAAUGCUGGAGGAGAAGCCGCGACUAGCCCCUCCCCUUCAUUCACGCCCCAGUAACCCCGCCGCUGAUUGGCUAGGCCUUAGCCGGGAUCCGGAGGAGCAGGAGGAGGAUCCAGAGGUGAAUGGUGGCCAGGGAGCCCCACCGCCAAUGGGAGCCUCGCAGGGAAGUGAGCGCCCUUCAUCUGACGGGAAGCCGCCCCUACCAAACGCUCCUGCUAGCGAGGAGGCCAAAGACUGGCUGGCAGGAGCACUGACCCGGAAGAAGAACCUUGCAGCCGCCAAGGCGGCCGUGCCCCGAGACCCCCAGGGUGGCGGCGAUGAGGUGGACCUGGACUCCUUCCUCACGAGUAAACUCAGGUCACCACCAACUCCUAGGAGGAAAGGGGAAGACGCUGUACCUACCAAGGAAUCGAGUUCCUCAUUGCCAUGGGAGACCUCGAGCAUGCAAGACACUCCAUCUCGUCAUUCAAGUCCAGUGAAGGAGGGCCUACCCAAACCUGUGCCACCCGAGAUAAUGGGGGGGAACAGUGCACCCAUUCAGUUGCUGCAGUCCCCACUGCCGGGGACAGGGGGCGCCGUGCAGAGGAAGGGACCGGAGCAGCAGGCGGGGGAGCUGUCCCUGCAAACCAGCAUGAUCCAGCUAGAAGGCCAGGUGCGGAGCCUGCAGCUGGAACGCGACCAGCUGAAGAUGCUGCUGGACAGUGUGCAGCAGAGGCACGGUCAGGACACCGAGCUCAUGGAAGCGGCUCACAAGUCCAGGGUGAAGAUGCUGGAGGAGUCGGCGGCCGAGAGGGAGGUGCGGAUGCGGCAGGAGAGCGAGGGCCUGGCGGAGCGCCUGGCCAGUGUCACCCGGCUGGCGGAGCAGGAGCGGGCCGAGCUGCAGGCGCAAUACCAGCGCCGGCUGGCCCAGAAUCAGCAGGAGCGGGACCGCGAGGUGGAGCGCCUCCGGGAACUGCAGCGGAGAUCCAUCCUAGAGAUGAAGAAGGACCAUGAGGAGCAGGUGCAGAGGCUGAAGCAGCUGAAGGAGGAGGAGAUCGACGCUGUGACCAGCGCGACGUCUCAGACCAGGUCUCUGACAGUGGUGAUCGAUCAGAUGGAGCAGUUCUCCCGGCGGCUGGGCGAGCUGUCCUCACGUGUGGAGAGCACGCAUGAGCACACGGCACAGGGACUGGAGCAGGGCGCGCGGCACAGGGACCAGCAGCUCCGAGUUCUGCAGGAACGGCUAGACCAGCAGCAGAGCCACAUGGUUGAGGAACGUGCGCGGCUGAAGGAGGUCAUCGACAGGAUGGGCAUGCAGCUAGCGGAACAACAGAGGCAGCUGGAAAAGGAGCGAUGGAGGGUGUCGGGAGAACAGGCCAAGGCAGAAUCAGCCCAGAGGGGGCUGGAGGAAGAGAGGCGGGCCUUAAUGCAGCGCCUUUCUGUGGAGAGGGAGGAGCUGGAAAAAGCAAAGAGUGCCCUGCUGGAGGAGCAGCAGGCUGUGAUGCAGCGCUGUGCGGAUGAGCGUCGGAGGCUGGCAGCCGAGUGGGCGCAGCUGCAUGCGCAGGAGAAGCUGCAGCAGGAGCGUGCGGAGCGGGAAGCCAGCCGGGCCCUGGAGAGGGAUGCCCACCGCGAGGGCACCAUCAUCAGCAUGGCCCAGGAGCACGCCGACCUGAAGCUACGUGCAGGAGAGUUGCGGCUUCAUGAGGAGAUGGCGGCCAAGGAGAAGGCGGAACUGGAACGCCAGAGGGCGGAGCUGGACAGGGAGAAGGAGAAGCUGAGCACAGCCGCCCUGCACCUCAAGACACGGGCUCAGGAGGUGGAGGCCUUCAGCAAGCUGGCCUCAGACAGGUACGAGGAGGGGGAGAGAGCUCUGCAGGAGGCGCGGCGGGUGGAGGAGGAGCACCACACCCGCCUGAGCAGCAUCCGCACCCAGGUGGAGCGGCUGCGGAGCCAGGAGCAGCUCCUGAACCAGGAACGAAAGCACAUAGCAGAACAGCGCCAGGAGGUGGAGCACUUGAGGCGAGGGCUCCCCAUCAGCCCCCAGCUUCCUGCCGCCCCCAUCCUCACAGAUGUGGCUCCAGCGCUGGGUCUGCCUCCCUCCACAUUACCCCCCCAGUCUACAGCCCUCCUGAGCCCGACAGCAGCUCCUGAGCUUCACCUAAAACUUGCCCUCCUCAGGCACACGGCGGAAAAGGACCGGGACUUCCUGCUGGAUGAGCAGAUCUUCCUGGAAACGCUGAAGAAAGCGCCACAUCAUCCUGCCUUUCACACAGCCUGUUGACCGCCUGGGCACCUGCACGACCAUGUUUUAUAUAAUAAACCCAUUAUAUACACAAAUUUCUUACCAACAUUGUCUUUUCCAUCUCCUCUUUUGAGCUGCAUUUUAUUUCAUGUCACACAGCAUAAUGGUAAGACCAUCGUCUUUCCUAUAAUGAAUUAAAAACUGUUGUAAGAGA